CGGUGCCGUGCGGGUCCUGCCGCGCUCGGGCGCCCCCUGGCGGCGGUUGGCGGCCUUUGCGCGCGGGGCCGCGGGUCGGCGGAGCGCGGUGGCGGCAGCAGGCAGGCCGAGCCUUCUCUCCCCGCCCGAAAUAAGGGAAUAUAAUAAAGAGAAGGAUGGGCAAGGUUUGUGCCAUUUUUGGAGGAUCCCGAGGAAUAGGAAAAGCUGUUGCAGAAUUAUUGGCACAGAAAGGCUGCCGCCUGGCAAUUAUUGCUAGAAAUCUUGAAGUAGCCCAAACCACUGCACGUGGUCUUGGUGCUGGCCAUCUGGCACUUAGCUGUGAUAUAUCCAGAGAACAAGAAGUCCAGCGUGCUUUUGAGGAGAUGCAGAGGAAUUUAGGUCCUAUUAACUACUUGGUUAAUGCAGCUGGGAUCAACAGGGAUAGCCUGUUACUGAGAACCAAGACUGAAGAUAUGAUAUCCCAGAUUCACACGAAUCUUUUGGGAACAAUGUUGACAUGCAAAGCUGCUGUAAAAAGCAUGAUUCAUCAUCAAGGAGGUGCUAUUGUUAAUAUAGGAAGUGUUGUAGGACUUAAAGGCAACUCUGGUCAAAGUGCAUACAGUGCUAGCAAAGCAGGAAUAGUUGGAUUUUCACGCUCUCUUGCUAAAGAGGUAGCAAGAAAGCAAAUUCGAGUCAACGUGGUUGCUCCAGGCUUUGUUCACACAGAGAUGACUGCUCAUUUGGAAGAAGAUGAAUUGAAGAAAUCAAUUCCCCUUGGAAGAUUUGGAGACCCUCAUGAAGUUGCACAAGCUGUUUUAUUUCUUCUGGAGUCCCCUUAUGUUACAGGGAGUACUCUAAUUGUGGAUGGAGGCUUGCAGCUUUUGAUUUAAACACUACCUUGAAUAAGUACCUGCUUAAAUGUCAUGAUGGUAAUAUGUAAAUAUCUGCUAAUUAAGGAGGGGGAAAUUAGUAAAAGAUUAAUGUAUGCAAUUGACUUCAUAUUCUUAAAUCAGAUGAGUAAUUCGUCAGCAGUAAAGUGCAACAGGUAUGUUUAGGUACCUGAAAUUCGAGUCCAUUUGGUAGUACAAAGUUUGCAUGUGUAAUUAUUCUUAAAAAAAAAAAAAAAAAAAAAA